CAAGCAGCCAGCCUGGGCGCAGAGGCUGUCGGGAGGCUGGGCCGUCGGCCCUGGGGCGGGGCGGAAGUAGGUGGCCGAGGCCUAAUAAAUUGGCUGAGGCUGAAGAAGUUGUGGCUGCGUACACAACCCAGGCAUCUGAGCUUCCAGCCUCUGGGGCUUCAGACGUUUCGGGGAGAUGAACUGGGUCGGGGGAUCCCGUACCAGGGUUCUGAUCAAGCAGGAAAGGAGAAAGCAAAAGUGUCCUCCAGAACAAGAUGUGAGGUUCUGGUUCAUGGAUCAUAUAAUGGACCCAUCCCUGACUCUGCUGAAAACCAAGAUGCCUCCAAGUUCAGAUUCAGCUAUCAAAUGUGUUUGAGACUGGCGUGGCUAUGCCCUUGGGCAACAUGGCAUGCUGUACUGGAACUCCUCCUUGUUGUAUUUGUCCACAUGGAAUAUUUUGAAAAGAAAAAGUUAAAAUCAAAAAUGAAAUUACUGGGGGUUUUAUCCCCUGUCAAAAAUUCCACUGUCAGUUUAGACCUCCUUAACUUGUAUAUGGUAAAUCACAUAUCUUGCCAGAAGAAAACACCUGAAACUGUGAGAAAACCAACCCAUGUGAAUAUGCAUAGAGAUAUAAAAAUGCCCUUAAGAAAGCAUGAUUUAGAACUUCCAAUGUCACCUCACUAUAUACCAUCUAAGCUCUGCAUUGAUGAUGUAGAAAACAAACUAAGCAACAAGAAAGAACUUGCCCCAGUUCAGUUGUCACAAGUAAUGGACUCAGAAAGAAUGUUUGAACCUCAGUUCCACAGAAUAGAAAAUUGCAGUUUUACUCCACCAUCCUUCGCAGCAGAGUUAUCUUCUAACAGAAAUAAUAGAAAACAAAAUUUCAUUCCCAGAACAGCACCUAGUCCUCAGAAAGUUGCAUAUGAAAAAAAGCAGGAUGAGCAGCUCAUUAAAGUUAAUUAUUCUAAUAGUUUGGUUUCCAAAUUAAAUGAAAAUCAAGAUGCUCUCAGUCCAUCAUAUAAAACAGCACAUUUUGGGUCAUUAUUCGAAAGAUUAAACAGUAUUCCAUUGUAUGGACACGGCACAAUUUAUUCAUCUGUUGAUGGACAUUUGGGUUUUUUCCCCUCCAAUUUUGGCUAUUCCAAACAAAGCUGCUAUGAAAGUUCAUAUAAAAGUCUUUGGACAUACGCUUUCAUUUCUCUUGGUCCAAGAAAUAGGAAUUUCCUUACUGGAAGACCUGUUAGAGUUAUGGGUGAAGAUUGUGGAAGCAUGAAUGAGCAAAGACAAACAGACUUUAUUACUGAAAAACAAUCAGUACAACCUAUUUGGAGAGAAAAUAGAAGAGAGGUUUCAAAUUUUCUUGAAGACAUGAACCAGCCAACAGCCAGCCUUAUAUCAGAGAAUUGUAACUCUUUUAUUAGUGAAAAUGUGAUCAAUUUAUUAAACACAGAUCAACAGAGGAUAAAGAAAACCUUUGACAAGUGUGGUUAUGACAGUAUGGGAGAUAAUUGCGCAAACACAAGUUCUGAUAAAAAUCAUUCAGCUGGUCAAUGCAUUAGAAGUAUUUUUACAGAUCCAGAGUUGACUUUUGGUUGUUCGACUUUUAAUGAAACACAUUAUCCAGAGAGGUGUCAGCCAAACAAGAAGUAUCAGAAAGAGUACAACAAUAAUGAAAGAAAUACUUUUAAGAAGGAUUGUUGUAUAGCCAGCUCUGAAAAUAAAGGAAAAUUUGAAAGUGAUUGCCAAGAGAAGACACCACAGAAUGAAAUCCAGAAACAUCCGGUGAAUUAUAUGGGUAAUAUCUCUUUGGAAGGAUUGCAUUCUAAUCCAUCAUGGGACUUGGGAUUUGGUGAGAUUCCGAUGGAAGAAGGAGGAAGUUGUUCUUUAAAAGACAGGCCAACAUCUAAGAAAAUCUGUCUUGAUUCUUCACAGAGUAGUCAAUCUACCAGUUAUUCUCCAAGGCCAACAGAUAGUUGCUUCAGUUCUAGUUCAGAAAUGCUAUCUGAAGAAGAAGAUAAAAUAUUGCAGCACGUUGAAGAAUCAAAUAGGAGAGCCAUCAGAACCAAACAAAUAACUAGUAAUUUUUAUCCAGAAAGGAUGCCAAAACCUCCAUGUGAUGGGAUUAUUAAAAACAAUGCCAAAAUUCAUGAACAAAAUGAGAAUCUUCACCACCUCUCAAUGAAAGAUAAUACAGAUGAGUUUCCACAGUCUCAGUGUAAUUCAGCACACAAUUCACAGAAUAUAACCAGUAAUAACUGCAUUCUACAGGUUGCAAGAUGUGAUGCGUGGGUCCAGACAGACAGUGAACCUGUAAUGGAAAAAAAAUUAGAUGCUGCCAUACAGUGUGAUAUAAUUUCAUAAUGUAAAUGUAGAAGCAAUGUGUCUUUGUAAUGUUGAAAGGUGCAGUGAAAAUAUUAAGGCAGAUACCACUGGAGGGCAGGAAAUCCUUAAGAACGACUAAUAUUCUAAAAUUUCAGCCUGAGUUUUAGCAUUUUACUUAAUGUUCAGAAUUUCAUUAACGUAAUAAGGAAUGAGAAUAUGUAGUCAAGCACAAGGUAAAAGUAUUUAUGGCUUGUUUUAAAACAUUUUAAUUUUAAUGUAUACAUUAAUUUUACAUAGAUAUUUCUUUAAACACAUAUGUAGCUAAUCUUCAAGAUAUACAUAUUAUAUCUUCAAGUUUUUGGAAAAAUACGUAUGUAAAUUUACUGUCUAUUAAUCUCAUGGUGAUUAUUAUGAUCUAUUUAUGGAUAAAGUAUGUUUAAUUGCCUCCUGCUGUGUUUUCUUUAUUUUAAAAUUUAGUGCAGUUGCAUCUGUUAGCAAAAAUGUUCUAAGAUUUUAAGACAGAAACUAAUGCUAAACAGUGUCAAAUAUGUUUUGUAGUCCCAUAAGAAUUUUGUUAGCUGCUCAUAUUACAAAUUUGCGUAUCAUCCUUAUGUAGGGCUUUGCUAGUUUUCUCUGUGUUGUUUCAAUUUUAGUAUAUGUGCUGCUGAAGCAAGCACUGUUAGCUACUUAUAUUAAAUAUUAUACCCCUCAUUAAAAUUCUGGCAUUCAUUUUUAGAUGAAAUAUAUUUUCUAACUACUUACAUUAAAUAUUAUGCCCUAAUUUAAAAAUUCUGGCAUUUUUAGACAAAAUAUAUUUUCUGUUUUGUUUGGAUAAUGGUUUUUGUUGGUGCUUGUAUUCAAAGGAGAAUGUUUUUCUCUUUAAGCUAUAAAAAUAUGUCAAUGCUUUUCUAAAAGAAAUCUUCAACAUUAGAAAGAGUAAUUUAUGUAUACUAAUUUUAAUAUUGCUAAGAUUCUUUUCAAAAAUAUUAUAUCAGAAUUUCUCAUUUAUAAAAUACAGUCUUUGUUCCCAAUAUAACAUUUAUUUUUUUUUUGUCAAGAUUUUAAAUGUUUAUACUCUGAAAUCAACCAUUUGUAUGGAUGUAUUACAAAUUAUACAGCACAGGACAUUAUGAUAUGUAACUGAACCAAAAAUGUAGUUAGGAGUUUCUGUGCCUCUAAAGAAAAGGAUGAUGAAAUAUUCCAUUGUUACAUGCACACAUAUCAAAUCAGUAUUUUGUGCAUUAGGAGUGAUCUAAAGCAUAAUGAUUUAGAAACACUAACAGCUGAUUUUUAAAAGGUAGCAGUCUUCAGUUUUUAGCUAGUUUUAGGAAGUUAUUUUUGCAGGCUCUGGAAGCUCAAAGAGCUCCUGAGUAAUUUUCUUAAGGUACAGUAAUCAUCUUCUGGAAGGGGAAUAUAAUGAUCUGAUGUAUAUUGAUAGUAUUUCAAAAGCCAGAUUUUCAUUGUGAUUUUAAACAAAGUAUUCUGUCAUGGAUUGAUUAUCCUGAGCAGUAUUUUGCAAAAUAUGACCCAGCAAUGAAGACCAAUAUAGAAAAAGAAGACCUUCUCCCUGUGAUACUAGAAUAAGAUUGAGCUGUGAAUCUUAGCUUGGUUUCAAGUAUCAAAUAAAUGGAUUUUUCCCAAGUACUAUGCUAAUCAAAGUCUAGCAGUAUUGAAAGCACCUUAAUUACAAAAAUCUACAUGUAGUUACAUUUUUGUCAAUAUCAUAAUGUGGCAGUUCAGCUCAGUAAGGUAAAAAGGAAUGUCAGGGCUUUUUAGUGCAGUGACCACACAUAGAAGAGGGUAAGGUACAGUGUAGUAAAGAAUGUAAACUUGCCCAAAAGAAGGUCUUCCCUUUGUUCUUGGCUUUGGGGAUGUAAUUUCUAUACCCUUGGAGUGUCCUGCAUGCCUGAUAGAAAUGUCUUUGUUAGCCUGGGGACCUUGGACCAAGCUAGAUAGUAACAGCGUGAUUUAGAAUGAGACCUGAAAUCAAGCAGUCUCAGCUCAACUUCUUAAGGUUAGAAACUGAGGUCAGCAUGCCACUCUGAUGUAGCCCCAGUAAAGACUCUGGACCCUAGGGUUUGGGUGAACUUUCCUGGUUGGCAGUACUGUAUAUGUUAUCAGACAGUGAUAUCAGGAAAGUCUAUGACUCCACAGAAGAGGUCUACUAGAAGCUCUUCAUUUAUUACUUUCCUAGAGUCUGUCCUGUGUGUUUCUUCCCUAGGCUGAUUUUAAUCUGUAUUCUUUUCCUGUAAUAAACUGUAAUCGUGACUAUAA